AUGGAUAGUCAAGUUCUGGUUAAUCAUAAUAAUAAUGUUCCAAUAAACAGUACGACGUAUACCAGUACGCAACGUUAUUCUACGACACCUAAUGUGGAAAUUGGAGAAUCAAAAACAAAUUUGAUUAUCAAUUACUUACCACAGGGUAUGACCCAAGAAGAAGUACGCUCCCUGUUUGCCAGCGUUGGAGAAGUAGAAUCAUGUAAACUUGUGCGUGAUAAAAUAACAGGCCAAAGUCUUGGUUAUGGUUUUGUUAACUAUGUUCGAGAUGACGACGCAUUGAAAGCUGUGUCUUCUUUCAACGGACUUCGUCUGCAGAAUAAGACUAUUAAGGUUUCUUUUGCUAGGCCUAGCAAUGACAACAUCAAGGGAUCUAACUUGUAUGUUUCUGGAAUACCUAAAACGAUGACUCUGCAAGAACUGGAAAAUAUUUUCCGGCCAUUCGGACAAAUUAUAACCUCGAGAAUUCUCUCAGAUAGUGUUACAGGUCUAUCUAAAGGUGUUGGGUUUGUCCGAUUUGACAAGAAGAAUGAAGCUGAAAAUGCCAUCAACACUCUCAACAACACUACGCCAACUGGGUGCACAGAACAAAUUACCGUCAAGUUCGCUAAUAACCCGGCCACAAACAGUACAAAAAGUGUUCUGCAAGAACUUGAAGCUGUGCAACAGCAAGUUGCCGCAACCAACAUUGUACCAUUAACGUUAUUAGGAGCUUCUCCAUUACGCACUGCUACUAUUGGGCCGAUCCAUCAUACACCAAUAGCAGCUAAGUAUAGAUAUUCACCUUUAACGGCAGUAGCUCCAAGCGUGGCUGCCAAUCAAGCGACAGCUGAUUAUCUAACAACUUCUGCUCUUCUACAAAUGACGCAGAUGAAUGCGCUAGCUGGUACGGGUUAUAUGUACUUGAAUCCGGAGAGCAUUGCUAAACAGAGUGAUGAUUUUUCUAAUGUAGCUGCGGCAGCGGUACAAAAUCCCUUAGCCGCUCUUGCCGCUACUACUUCACCCUCUUCCGUUUCCGAGCCUGGCUAUUCCUUGUUUGUUUAUAAUCUUAGCCCUGAAACUGAAGAAAAUCUUUUGUGGCAGUUAUUUGGUCCCUUCGGAGCUGUAUUAAGUGUUAAAGUAGCCAGAGAUUUCUCAACAGCGAAAUGUAAAGGUUACGCUUUUGUUUCCAUGAUGAACUAUAUGGAUGCUUGUAAUGCUAUAACAGCUCUCAAUGGAACACAGAUAGGAAAUCGGUCACUUCAGGUAUCAUUCAAAGCGGGUGCGACAGCAGUCACUACUUUGGCUAGAUAA